GGCGCUGCGCCCACUAACGCUGCACCCUAGUUAGGGCGCACCGGAGGAUUUGGAACGCGGCCCGAGAGACAGAACCCCGCUGCUGCGCUUCAUUAGAGCCUCGGUGGGUCUCCAUCAUUCAUCCGAACCACAGACCCGACACCGAGCGCACGGAACCGGCGGAUGGACGGCACGCGCGCGCUCUGACGGCGGACGCUCCACUCGUUCGUCUUCGGCUCGGUUCGGCGCUCCGUCGCUGCUCGAUCGCUCGCUAUUGUUCGGAUGCGCGACGCUGGGGAUCAAUUCGAUUCCCGACCGAACAUGAGUUCUGCUCUCCGCUGGGUUUCAUCGCUGUGCUUCAUCAUCACCGUCAUCAUCACUCAGGAUGCGGCUCCGUUCCAGGUAGCGUUGCAGGAUGACCGCCGGAUGCUGCUGUCGCUGGAUGCUGAUGAUGUGAGGCCCGACGUGUCUGUGUAUUCGGUGCGUGUUUCAGGAGAGCCGCACACGCACACGCUGCUGUUCACGCGACCCGCCGACGGUCAGACGCUGCCGCAUCCGCUCCAGUUCAACGCCUCGUACCACGGCCUGUGCUACUCCAUCAGUCUGAUGCUCGGGAACGACAGCAGAGCAUCCAGAGCCGUCAGAACCGUCCCUGUGCUCACCAAGCCUCUUCCUCUAGACAGCGUUGAGAUCUCUGAUUACGGUCCGGCUCCAGAGACCGGCGUGGUGUUUCAGAUCCGUUCUCCAGACAGGAACAUCUACACGAGAGUAAACAUCAGCUACAUGGAGGGCCGUCAGCCACGCUACAUGCUGUAUAAAGAUUUCUUCAAAGGGAAGACAGUGUUCAAGCACUGGCUGUCGGGCACGUGUUACACCAACAUCAGCUUCCAGCUGGUCUCAGAGGCCACGGUCAACAGGAGCACGCUGGUGAGCCACAGUGACGUUACCCAUGAGCCCCUGCGCCACCGCACCGUCCCGAAUCCUCCUCUCAACGUGUCGCUCAAGAUCAUCCACCUCAGCAGCCGAGGAGCAUCUGGAUCUGACCUGCACGCGGCUGUUCUGAAGGCUUCCCACAAUGCAUCAGUCCUUCGGCGGGCACGUGACAUUCCUGCGGCUGAAGAACAGGAAGAGGAAGUGAACGGUGAGGAGAUGAGCAUCACACAGAUGCCGCUGAACGAGUCCGUCACCAUCUACAGCAGCACAGCCGAACCCGCGCCUGACAACAGCACUGAGCCGCUGUGGGCGGAGCCGACGGGAAGCUCCGCCCCCACAGAGGAGGAGGAGUUUGUGAAUGCACUGAUGCCAGAAUAUGAGGACUCUAAUGAGCCAGGGUCAGCGAUGGACGUGACCUUUGAAGCCAAUGUGAUGCUCACGCCGCUGCCGCCCAUCCUGCUGGAGCUGCGCUGGUUACCGCCGCGGCCGCCCACCGCGUUCGAUGGAUUCAACAUCUACAUCUACCGCGAUGGAAACUCCACCGAAACGGCGACGGUGGAUGAGAACACACACGAGUUCUUCACCGAGCUCUCCGAAGCAGGAACGUAUAGCGUUCACGUCACGACGCUCAGUUCGUCUGGAGACUGCGAGGCCCGAGAGAGUUCAGCCGACACCGGAUUCACCUUCUACCUGAGUCCGGCGGGUGAGUGGAUGGAGCAGCCGCUGGAGCGUCCGCAGGAGGUCAGUGUGAAGAUGCUGGACUCCAGCACGGCUGCUGUGUCCUGGGCUCCGUCUCGUCACAGAUAUAACGGCAGUCUGAUCUCGGUGCUGUCGCUCACCUGUCUGCGGCCCAGCAUCAGCCAGCGCAUGGAGAACACCUACUGCUCCGAGGAGAACAUCACCAGUGACAUCAUCAUCAGCAGCCUGACCCCCGGCGCUCAGUACAGAGUGCUGGUUUAUCACACGAACGGGCCGCUGGUUAGUCCCCCGUCUGAACCAAUCAUCAUCGACAUCGAGCCGACAGGUGUGCGUGAUCUGGUGGUUUAUCCGCUCAGUCCCAGCGCUGUCAUCCUCAGCUGGCGGCGGCCGUAUAACGUGGCCUUCAGAAAGUACAUCCUACAGACCUUCUUCUUCAACUCGGCCACGCAGACGUCUCAGUGGAGCACUUACUACGAGAUCGCCUCCACCGCGUCCGUCAUCGCCUCUGUGAGAGUGACGGAUCUGCUGCCGGCCUGGUUCUAUCAGUUCCGCGUGACGAUGGAGACGUGGUCCGAGCCUGCGCUGGUCUGCUGCGACGCUUCCACCGUCAGCUUCGUCACAGCUCCCGAAGCGCCUCACAUCUCGACGGUGGAGUACUCUCACGGGACGCUGUUCGUGCGCUGGACCUACGGCGAUCUGUUCACCGAUCUCUCGCACUCACGCUUGCUGCACUGGCAGCUGACGGCCGAGGCGAAGAAGAGCGCGAGGAGACGCUACUCCAUCCACGUGACCCGCAACAUGAUGAAGGCGUCUCUGGCUCUUCCUCCCGGAGACAUCUACAACCUGACCGUGUCCGCCUGCACCGAGACGAGCCGCAACACGUCUGCGCCGCACAUCAUCAAACUCGAACCGGCUCCUCCGAAGUCGCUGUACGCGGUCAACGCCACCGACGCGGCCGUCACGCUGCUCUGGACGGAGGACGGCGUCGUGGACUUCUACCAGAUCGUCUGCAGACCGCUGCGAGUCAACAGAGAGAGCAAAAAGGCGCGCGAGCCGCUGCUCACCGCCGCUCGUGUCGUGACCGUGUCAGGACUGCAGCCGUCCUCUUCGUACAACUGCAGCGUGAUCAGCAGCAGCUACAGCAGCGCCAGUGAGCCGGCGUUCAUCACCGUCAGCACAUCCGGUGAGGACAGCUUUCACACACUGCGCUGCCGCUAAAACAAGGAGCACACAGACACAUUAGACCACAUACGACACAUAACACAACAGCACAGGACUGCAAGCACAAGGAGACUAAGUAGGGCAGGUAACGAGGGAGACACAGGUGGAAUAACUGAUACAAUAAUGAGGUAACAAGA